UUGGAUGGUAACUAUCUGUUAUUUUAAUGGAACGGUUAUUGCCACAACGAUAACGUUGAAUUGUAAAUCCUUAGGCAAAUAAAAGGCGUUGUACGUCAGUAUGAUUUUUUCAAACUGUCAUGACUAAAGAUCAACACAAUUCGCAGCAAUGAAGCAUAUCAUAUUUGCACUGAUACAUGUACAUGAUUAUAAAGUUGUCAACAAAAAUAUUCUUGGUGCAUUCAAUCACGUUAAAGCCGAAAUGGCGUGCUCGAAACUGUGCUUACUUUUGAUUUUAGCGGUCUUCUUAUUGCACACUGGAGAUGCCGCCAAUGUUUCCAGAGAAAACCGUAAACACAAUAGAAACACUCGUGAUGUCACACUAACCUCCACAGAACAACUUGUCAACUACAUCUUGCAACAAAUAGAAGCUGUACUGACAACUUUAUUGGAAGGACUUUGCAACUUGAUUAGCCCGUUGGUUGCCAUAAUACAUAUUGGAAAUGCCUCCACCUUGGCUAACAGACAGAUGGUGAGCCAAGAUGCUGUCCAAACAGACAAAGACCCACUUGUCAAAUAUAUUUCAGAACAGCUGAUUACAGGAGUUACAUCACUCUUAAAAGGUGUCUGCCCCAUAAUUGCUCCUUUGGUGCAAGCAGUUGAAACAUUCAGAGUGACAAUGUUGAAUAAUCUUAUAAUAACUCUGAACGCUAUGAGUCCACUACUCAGAGGAAUUCCGCAGUACUCAUCAUCAUUAGAUUUAGUAUCACAUGCUCUCAAAUUGACAAACCAAACAAUUGUCUUUACUGGUAACCUCUUAAAAACACAUGGCUGCUCCACUAAUAUUGUCCAAAUAUAGAAUUUUGAAAAGACAAUUACAGAAAUGGUUCUCUGAUCAGACUUUAUUAGACCAGUAUAAGCAAUAGAACAGAUUGUUGCAUUGUUUGUUAAUAUAUUAAUAUAUAUGUAUUAAAUAUAGUUCUACUUACCUGAUAAAUUUAUAUUAAAUUCUCGAAAGCAUAAUUGUGAAUAUAACAACAGGAUUUUUAUACUUGUAUUCAACACUUCACUAUAUCAAAAUUAAUGUACAUAUUUAUCAACAAUCCAAAAAGAACUUCAGCAUAAAACCUUUGGCCAAUUUAUAAGUAAGAACUCAUUAAACUUAUAUUUGUUGGUAUUUGUUACUUCGUAUUGUAUAGUAUCAAUGAUAGGUUCCAAGUAAAUGGAACUAAUUUGCAAACAUAUGUACCUGUAAAAUUUCUCAAUGUCUGUGAUCCAUACAUUAAUAAAAAUAUUCUAUUGUAA